UGAUCUAGAUUUCAAUCUAUUUAUUUUAUUUUUGUAAUUUUAGAGUUUGAUUUCGAGUUAGAUUGUAACUAACUGAAAAGCAUUGUCUCUGAUUUAUAUUUCCCCUGAUUGGUAGUUAGUGCGUGUGGAACUGGGAUUUCUGUUGGUGGUUUUGUAUUUCUUAAAGUCAAUUUUGGUGCUGGGGUGGUUUUUUAUUUUAGGGAUAAUGGUUGAACUUUUGUGUUGAUGAGAAAAGUCCGGCCUGAACGGGAUUUUUUGAUUGUUUCUAGUGAGAAGAGUCAUAGACUCUCUUUUUAACUAUAUUUGAAACUUAGAUUUGGUGAAUUGACGAGAAUGUUAAAUAUCUGAGUUUUGAUUUCUCUACUAGCAUUUCAUUUAUUGCUGAAUUUACUGAAUUUGGAUUAGGAUUUGUUAAUUGAAUAUAGUUUCUUAGUAAUACUGAAGUUAGUUAUUAUUUGGACCGUGGUUUCUGGUUCUGGUAUAGUGUAGUAGACUAUUGGGUUCUUUGUGGAUGAAGAGAAGAAUUGAGGGCAAAAAGAGAUGAAGAUUAUUUGGGUGUUGGAGAUACAAUGACGGGAGCGUCAUUGGGUCUUAGAACAUCGGCAAGUUCAGGGUCACUGCAGCUACAGGCACAGAGCGAAGGGUUGCAGUCUCAGAAUUUGUACAUUGUUCGUAAAACUUCAAAGAUAUAUGGUUCUGGUGCUAGGGAGAAGGGAAGGUUUCUUACUUGUAUUUUUAGGUAUUCAAGUCGAAGGAAAAUUGGAAUGCUGAUUUUGAUUGUCUUUGCAAUCUUGGCUUUUAUGACAGGGUGCAUUACAGUCCAUAAAGAUAAUGAUUUGGAAAGCUCUGCAUUGGACUUAGAUUCUAGAUUUUACAACCAGUCUCAUCAUUUAUCCUCAUUUUUGCCAAUAAAAGAAGUAUUGCAAUAUGGCCGUAACACUAUGGUGAAUGAAGUUACAGUAUGCCAUGAGAAUACUGGCUUGCAUCCUUCUCUUUCACAUGCUUCUGCUUCGAGUGUCUCUUUUGGUGCUGCUACUUCUUUGAAGAAUCCGUGUAAAGAUUUUGCAUUUCCCCCUCCCCCUCCUGGUGAUAGGAGACGAAUUGGACCACGCCCAUGUCCAGUAUGUUAUGCUCCUGUGGAACAGGCUAUAGCUUAUAUGCCCAGCUCCCCUUCAGCAUCUCCUGUGCUCCGUCAUUUAAAUUAUUUUUCUGAGGAAACCCCUAUUAAAGCUGAACCACGUGGAGGCUCUGAGUUUGGUGGUUAUCCGUCUCUAAAACAGAGGAAUGAUUCUUUUGAUAUAAGGGAAUCAAUGACUGUACAUUGUGGAUUUGUUAAGGGAUGUAGACCGGGUGAUGGUACUGGAUUUGAUAUUGAUGUGGCUGAUCUCAGGGAGUUGGAGCAAUUCCAUGAAGUCAUUGUUGCCUCUGCCAUAUUUGGAAAUUAUGACAUAAUUCAACAGCCAAGGAAUAUUGGUGAAACUGCUAAAGAAAAUGUUCGUUUUUAUAUGUUUGUUGAUGAAGAGACUGAAGCUUAUAUGAAGAAUACUAGUCGUUUGGGAAAUGACAAAAGGGUUGGGAUAUGGCGGAUUAUUGUUGUUCACAAUGUACCUUACACCGACCCAAGAAGAAAUGGAAAGGUGCCAAAGCUCUUACUGCACAGGUUGUUUCCCAACAUUCGAUACUCUAUCUGGAUAGAUGGAAAGCUUCAGCUUGUUGUGGACCCAUACCAGGUUCUUGAAAGGUUUUUGUGGCGCCAAAAUGCCACUUUUGCUAUAUCAAGACACUAUAGACGCUUCGAUGUAUUUGAAGAAGCUGAGGCAAAUAAAGCUGCAGGAAAAUACAGUAAUGAUUCUAUUGAUUACCAGAUCAAAUUUUAUGAAAAGGAGGGAUUAACGCCGUAUUCUGCUGCUAAGUUUCCCAUAACCAGCGAUGUUCCCGAAGGGUGUGUUAUAAUACGAGAGCACAUUCCCAUCACAAAUCUUUUCACGUGCCUGUGGUUUAAUGAAGUUGAUCGAUUUACAGCUCGGGAUCAGCUGAGCUUUUCAACUGUGAGGGAUAAAAUAAUGUCUAAAGUUAACUGGAGCCCCAGUAUGUUUCUUGACUGUGAAAGAAGAAAUUUUGUGAUACAGGUUGCACUUCUCCCCUUCAUUUCCCGUUGUUGCUUUUAUUUUUGUUUGAAAAGGGCAUUGGGACACCACUUAGGUGUUUUGUUACCCGCUGGAGGUUUUUAUUUCAAGGAUUGUUAAUCUGCAAAAUGCAUAUGUUCCUGCAGACCUCGUAUAAAUUAAAUGGUUGUAAGGCCUGUAAGCAUACUUGGGGUAAUAACGGAAUAGUUAAUAACUCACUCUGCACUAUUUGCAUUAGUAAUGUGCAGUUAAAGAAAAUGUUGAAAGAUAUUAACUGGUGCAUGCAUGUUGAAAAUAGCAAUGUUUUGAAAACUGACCGGGUCAUCGACCCGGAAAAGGUGAAGGGUCAAGGACUCAAGGGUCAAAAUGUUCAAUCGGGAUCAAACCAAACGCGAUAAAUACAUACAAAAAUA